AUGUGGAGGUUCCGAAGAGCUCGGAGCGGCACGCUCUGCAUCUUUGCGGCUGUGCUGCUAGAGGCAGCCAGGCAUGGGAUGGGUUUCGGUGGCGCGAACCUCUUCGUCGUGCCGCCGACCCUGAAGGAGUCGGUCUCUCAAACGUCCACCGACUCGUCUACAGCAGCAACGACAGCCAAUUUGGCAAAAAACAUCGUGGGGGCUGGGGUGCUUUCCCUGCCAUCCGGAGCAGCGAAAGUUGUGGAUGCAGCCUCGAGCUCUGGCGUUGGUAGUCACGACACGAUCGUUACAGCCCUGGUGCUCCUGUACGUGGUCUUCGGGGCUCUGAACGCCUACGGUUUCUAUCUCAUUGGCGAGGUGUGUGAGCGCACCGGGGCUCGCACAUACCAAGAGGCAUGGACGAAGACGCUCGGAAGUCGGUUCGCAUGGAUGCCAAGCGCCGCAUCAGUCAUCUGCAGCUUCACGGGGAUGGUCGCAUGCAUCGCAGUGCUCGGAGACACAGCCUCUCAGAUAUUGACAUCAAUGGGCCAGGACAUGAUGCCGAAGGAGAUCUUGGUCGGAGGGAUCUCAUCCCUUGUCCUGUUUCCUUUGUGCUUGCUGCCAUCGUUGUCACCUUUGGCUUUCGCAUCGGUUCUGGGGCUGCUGGGAGUCACUGUACUCUCUUUGGUGAUGCUUCUGCGCUGGUUUGACGGGUCCUACGAGCUGGGAGGUAGCUUCUACAGUGAUGCCAAGACGACCCUCGACUUGCUGACGAAGACACAGGCUCCAUCAGCCCAAUCUCCGGACGACCUCUUGUUCCAGCAAGUCUGCAUCUUCGCAGCGAUCCUCUCCAACGCUUUCUCGGCGCACUUCAAUGCCCCUGCUAUCUUCAACGAGCUGGAGCCGCAACCAGACCUUAGAGGCAGCAGCCGUCUCCCCCAGCUGGCCAAAGUAACCACAAUGGCCUUUGCCUUGUCAGGCUUCAUCUUCUGGGCCAUCACCAUGGCAGGAGUUGAAACUUUUGGCCCGCAAGCAGAUGCCUCCAUCCUCAACAGCUACUCUGCUGCUGAUCCCCUGGUUGCCGUGGCACGGGUGGGCCUUGGUCUUUGCGUCCUCUUUGAGUUCCCACUUCUCGAGCGCUGCUUCCGCCAGACGGCGGUGGAAGUCCUCAGCCUGCCAAAAUGGGUCGAGCAGCACGCGCUGACGGUUGCAAGCUCCAUUGGCCUCUCCGUGGCCCUGGCGUUCCUUCCGGGCUUCGGCUUGGACAAAACCUCGGCCUUGGGAGGGGCCCUCGGGGCAUCCUUGCUCAUCUACAUCGCCCCUGCAUUGAUGGCCCUUAACCUCAGCCCGGCGAAGUCACGUCAAGGAUAUCCGGGAGCAGCGACUGACCUGCGCGAAGUGCCAGGCCAGGAAGCUCUGCUUCGAGGCGUUGCAGGCUUGGGCUCUCUCCUUGGAGGCUUUGGCGUGGCAGAGUCCAUGCAGGUAUAG